CAAAGUGAGASCUCUUCCUUUUCCGACCCUCUCUGAUUGAAAUCGUUCCACUACGUCAGGUCGUCCGGUCCGCUCGGAGAAGAUGUCUGCGACGGGUUCAGGCGGACCAGGACCCGGACCAGGACCCGCCACGGGCUCCGGGUCCGGGGCCUCCAACCCCCGAAAGUUCAGCGAGAAGAUCGCCCUGCACACCCAGCGGCAGGCCGAGGAGACGGCCGCCUUCCAGGAGGUUAUGAUGGACAUCACCUCCACCAGGCUGCAGGCCCAGAAGUUACGCCUGGCCCGGAACCAGGGGCCGUACUACGGCGGUUCUUUACCCAACGUCAACCAGAUCGGCCGCAACCCGCAGGACUUCCAGGGCUCGUUCCAGUCCGGCCUGGAGUCCAGCCGCUCCACUCGCCACCACGGCCUGGUGGAGCGGGUCCAGAGGGACCGCCGCUUCGUCUCGCCGGUCCGGCCGUAUCGGAACCGCCAAGUGGAAAACUCUCUGUACAGCGCCGCCUACCUGUCCCCGCCCCCCGACGCCAGCUGGAGAAGGAACUGGUCUGGAAACUUCCCUGGAGAUAAAAGCCAGUUGUUCCGUCUUCCCACCACAGCGCUCAACAGGUCUGGUUCUGAUGGUUCUGCUGCUGGUUCUGAUGGUUCUGCUGCUGGUUCUGAUGGUUCUGCUGCUGGUUCUGAUGGUCCUGUCCUCCAUCCUGCAGUGUUCCCCUAUCCCGUUCCUCCCAUUGAGGAAAAUGUUUUGGACGAAGACAAACUGCUCAAAGCCUGGGACGCCAAGAAGCUGUCUCUGCCGUCGUCUCGACCAAAGUCCUGUGAAGUUCCAGGCAUCAACAUCUUCACGUCCCCGGAGCAGCCGUCCACGCCGGUCCAAGGCGUCCCUCAGGUCCCCAACACCGGCGGCUCGCUGCCCGACCUGUCCAGCCUCCACUUCCCGUCGCCGCUGCCCACGCCGCUGGACCAGGACGAGCCCGGUUACCCAGCAUCCUCUGCUCUGAGCGGGGGCAGCAGCACCGGAAACCUGGCCUCCACCCUCACCCAGAUGGGCAUCAACGCCGCCGGAGGAAACGGCAGCUACCACCAGCCAGCACCAGGUCUCCUGGCGUCUCUACAGAGCGCGCUCAGUAACCCCAACCUGCAGUCGUCGCUAAGCAACCCCAACAUCCAGUCGUCCCUCAGCAGCCACUCCUUCUCCAACUCUCUGAGCUCCGCCUCCCUCCACUCGUCGCUAAGCAACCCGUCUCUGCAGUCGUCGCUCAGCUCCUCCCCCUCCCUGCAGUCCUCCCUCAGCAGCCAAUCGCUGCACUCGUCCCUCAGUAACUCCUCCCUCCAGUCCGGCGGCUACGGCGGCGUGUCCGGAUCUGGCUCCUCCCCCUACUCGGCGAUGCUGGCCGGGCAGGGCCAGGCAUCGCUCAGCACGUCGCCACGGAGACGGGCCCAGCUGUCGCCGCUCAUCCUGCCGAUGGCGGGGGAGUCACGGAGGAUCCACCCCAAACAGUUCUCCCCCACCAUGUCCCCCACCCUGUCCUCCAUCUCCCAGGGCGUCCCGUUGGACACCAGCCGGCUGCCGGCGGACCAGCGCCUCCCUCCGUACCCGCUCAGCCAGCCGGGCCAGCAGAACCCGUCUCUGGGUCAGAACCAGCAGAUGCUUCGCCUCCAGCAGCCCAGAACCAAUCAGCAGCAGCUGCACCUGCAGAACCUCCGGAACCAGCACCUGCAGCAGUUUGGACCGUCGCAGAGGCCCAUGGCACCGCAGCAGAACCCGCCCGUCAAAUCGGAGAGCGCUUUGGACCCGUGCAGCCAGACGUCCUCCCUGUACCGGUCCAAACUGGACCAGAACCAGCAGGCAGAGCAGCAGCACAUCAACCUGAACACAGACUUCUACAACGACGCACUGUUCAGUUCGCUGCUGGACGAUCCGUAUCUCAGCCUGCAGCUGUCGGGGAAAUCACACCAGUUCCCGGCUGAGAGUCCGGUUGACUGCCUGAACCACAGCGGACCGGGUCAGAACCAGUUCCCGUCCAACAGCCAGGGGGCGCUGGAGCUGCAGGAGCCCUGCGACCCGCAGCGGCUCAACCACCAGAACCAGAACCGGAACUACAGCAGCGGAGACGGCCGCCAGAACGUCCCCAACAUCAUCCUCACAGGAGACUCUCCCCCCGGUCUGUCCAAGGAGAUCACCAGCGCUCUGUCCCACGUCCCCGGCUUCGAGAUGGACGCCUUCUCUCUGGACGAGCCGCUGCGCAUCGACCCGCUGGCGCUGGACCUGCUGGAGGGCGAGCUGAUGCUGGCCGACCCGGCCGUGGAGGACUCCUUCCGCUCCGACCGCCUCAAGUAACCGGGCCGGGCCCAGACACUCACCGCUCCACCGGGAGGGUUGGACUGAACACCUGGGGUCAGAGGUCACGAAAGAUUUACUUUACCUGGAAACUCUGGGUUCUGGUUCUGGUCCAUCUGGGCCCGAGAUGCAGAAGAGGAAAGAAAAAACAAACCAGCAGCGCUGUGAGGAUCUUUGUUACACGGAACCAGGACCAGAACCAGGACCAGAACCGGUACCGCUCUGUCAGAUGCGCAGUGGGUCAGAGAACCACUUCAGGCCCGAUCCGGUCCGCCUGCAGAACCUUUCCUGCUUCGUUAUUCCAGAGGAACCUGGUGAGACCAGGAAGCAGAACCAGAACCACCCGGUCCACAUGUCUGGUUCUGGACCCACUGGACCCAGAACUCCAGUUCAUUUCGUUUCAAACAUCACUCAGAGUUCGGAUUUUCUGAAGCAGACCCUGAACGCACCACAGUUCCACUGAAGCCGCCAAAGUCCAAAGAAAAGCCCAGAACACUCGGCCCACCGGGCCUGGAUCAGAACCAGUUCGCUCAGGAGGAUCCGGUUCUGGAAAAUAUCAGCCCAGUUCAUGUGAUCAGAAUCUCUGUGGUCCUCCAGAACCUAGCAGGUCCAAAGCUGCAUGACCGGGGAACCAGACCGGGUCGGGACCGGGUCUGGACCGAACCGGGUCGGAACCGGACCGGAUCUGGCCUGGAACAGGUUGGAACCGGACCGGGUCUGAACCGGACCGGGUCGGAACCGGACCGGGUCUGAACCGGACCAGGUCUGGACCAGACCGGGUCUGGCCUGGAACAGGUUGGAACCGGACCGGGUCUGAACCGGACCGGGUCGGAACCGGACCGGGUCUGAACCGGACCAGGUCUGGACCAGACCGGGUCUGGCCUGGAACAGGUUGGAACCGGACCGGGUCUGAACCGGACCCGGUCUGCUGCCUCCAGCAGCCCCCCUCUCUGAUCCGGGUCGGGUUCCAACCAGAACCAGAAAAGCCCUGAAAUGAUUUUUACAGAAAGAUGAAAAAUAGAUUUUUGCACUUUGAAGGAAAAAAGUAAAAAUAUUUUAAAUGUUUAUAUUUUUAUUUCUGCCCCAAGUCGAGACGUCUCCUGAUUGGUGGGACGGACCCUUUAGCCCCGCCCGCUCACUGUGAUGCACAGCGCUUAGCCACGCCCCCUGCCUGCUGCUGCUCCGUUUUUCAGCCAUAUUUUUCUGUAACAUGUAAAUAAGUUUGUAUUUUAUUAAGAUUUGAAAUGUGUACAAAGUUUCUAAUAUGAGAGUCUAAUAAACUCUGCAGUGGUUCUUCUGUCCGGGAAUCCGGCCCGGUCCGAUUCCUGGUUCUGCUGUUCCACCACAAAAUCAUGAAAAUGAGAUUUUCCCUGGAAUAUUCCAGAAAGAUGCGCCGCAAGGUUCUGCUUGGAGGGUCCAGUCCAACCGGGUCCAGAUUGAUUUAGUGAUUUAUCAGAACCGUUCAGCUACAAACAGGAAGUCGGUCCAGCAUGUUCCUGUUUAUGGAACACAGCUGGAAGGUUCUGGAGGCAGAACGGAUCAGAGCCUGGUUCCGACUGACGGGCCAGAAUGUGGGAAACAUCCGGUCCAGAAGUGCAGUGCUGCCCCCUGCAGAUCAGAGCGGGCUGCUGCACAUCUACUUCCUGCAAACGGACCGGAACCAAACCUGAGCCUUAAAAUUCGGCUGAUGAUCAGAACAAAGUGAAACGGUACCAGAACCCGCAGUUACUGAACGGGUUCUCACAUCUGGACCAGCGUCUGUGCGCCUGGCGCCGCUCGAAGCGGGACGGGUUCCGGUCCGGUUCGAGACAAAGGGCCGUCUUCAGUUCGACACUCAGAAAUGAACUAAAUAUUCAAUUUCUAACUAAAUACAGAAAUGGAAUAUUUAGCUCCUAAUCAAAUAGUAAACUCUUCGCUAGCUAAAUAUUUAACUCUGGGCUAGCUAAUGAAGAAAUUAGCGGAAGUGGACUAUCAAAUUAAAAGCUGGGCCUUCAGAACCUGCUGUGGAUCCGUCGGUAAAUGUCUGACUUUAAAACGGCUCGUGUUUCUGUUUAAAAUUAAAURUUCAGGAAAAGAAACGAAACUGGAGAGGUUCGGAAAACCACGCUUUUCUUUUGGUGAUCCACUUCCAGUUUUUGGCAAAUUAAUAUAUUGGUUUCAAUCUAAAUGUUAGCUUUAAAACUACAUAYUUUAUCAAAUAUUUAAUUUGAGCCAGAUAUUUAGCUUGAUAACUAAAUAUUUAGUAUGAAGGAAAAUAUUUAGCUAGCUUGCUAAAUAAAUUAAGUUUACUGAAUAACGGUGAAAAUGUAUAAAUCCCAUUUUCUCUUAUUGUUGCGGAGUUUGAAUAACAUCUGGAUGUUAAACUCGGAGCAGAACCAGAACCAGAGAACGUUCCUGGGAGGAUUCGGUCUUUUUCCCGCUCAGUCGGCAGACUUCCGGUCUUACAGGGAAUCGGAACCGGACCUGAAAAUGAUCCAUUUUUAACAGGACUCGGUUCUUUAACAAACCGGAUGUGGACAGAACGAAACGAAAAAAGGUUCUAUGAACCUGCUGUGUGUGUGUGUGUGUGUGUGUGUGUGUGUGUGUGUGUGUGUGUGUGUGUGUGUGUGUGUGUGUGUGUGUGUGUGUGUGUGUGAGUGACUAAGGCCAUAUUUCAUCCUGUUUUCUACUGAUGUUUAUGAAUUUCUUACGUUCUUCGUGUUUAUAGUUUUAGAGGAAAAACUGAUUAUGUUUGUAUUCAGAUGUUUUUAUUGGAGUUGUUUAUUGACAAUAUUAAUAACCAGGGAAUAUUGUAAAUGUUUUAAACCGGAAGUGCUUCUGACGUCAGCAGCAGCCGUUUUUAAAGGCAGACCGACGGAGACAUGCUGACUGUCGUUACACUUUAUUUUACAGAAAAUAAAGCAACCUGCGGAA